GGAGGACUUGCAUUGGAUUUAAAGCAUGUCUGGAUAGCAUAAGAACUCGAUGUAAAUGGAGGAAAUCUGGACGUCCGAAAUCUGAGAUAAUUAUUGUGACUUUUGGAAGCCACAUUCAGUAAUCUGGGUGCUGAGGUUGCUUCUGAAUCUGCCGCUUCAGUUUUUGUACUAUCUUGCAAACUCCAUGUAUUUUCCACCAGAAAUACUACCGCAACAAUGGUAUAUCUGGGGCAAAUAAUGUUGGCUUUGAAAGCUCAGGGAAGAAGUUGCAGGGAGAAGAACGUAACUCAGUGUGCCUGAAAAUGACAACAAAACGGAACUUAUUUGUGCGGUUGGUGCCAUGCCGCUGUUUACGUGGAGAAGAAGAAACUGUCACUGCACUUGAUUACUCUCACUGCAGCCUGGAGCAGGUGCCUAAGGAGAUUUUUACUUUUGAAAAGACAUUGGAAGAACUAUAUCUAGAUGCUAAUCAAAUUGAAGAGCUUCCAAAGCAACUUUUUAAUUGUCAGUCUCUGCAUAAGUUGAGUUUGCCGGACAAUGAUCUAACAACAUUGCCUGCAUCCAUAGCAAAUCUUAUUAAUCUCAGGGAACUGGAUGUCAGCAAAAAUGGCAUACAGGAGUUUCCAGAAAAUAUAAAAAACUGUAAAGUUUUGGCAGUUGUUGAGGCCAGUGUAAACCCUAUUUCGAAGCUUCCAGAUGGAUUUUCGCAGUUGUUAAACCUAACACAGCUAUACCUGAAUGAUGCUUUUCUUGAGUUCUUACCAGCUAAUUUUGGCAGAUUAACUAAACUCCAGAUUUUGGAGCUUCGAGAAAAUCAGUUAAAAAUGUUGCCAAAAACUGUGAACAGACUGACUCAGCUGGAGAGACUGGACCUGGGAAGUAAUGAAUUCACAGAAGUGCCUGAAGUACUUGAACAAUUAAGUGGGUUGAAAGAAUUUUGGAUGGAUGGUAACAGACUAACUCUUAUUCCAGGAUUUAUGGGCAGUUUGAAGCACUUGACCUACUUGGAUGUUUCCAAAAACAACAUUGAAACUAUUGAAGAAGGCAUUUCAGGAUGUGAAAGUUUACAAGACUUGCUGUUAUCUAGUAACUCACUUCAGCAGUUGCCAGAGUCUAUUGGUUGUCUAAAGAAACUAGCAAUUCUUAAAAUUGAUGAAAAUCAGUUAAUGUAUUUGCCAGAGUCCAUAGGCGGGUUAACAUCAGUUGAAGAACUGGACUGCAGCUUCAAUGAGAUUGAAGCUUUGCCUUCAUCUAUUGGGCAGCUCUGUAAUAUAAGGACUUUUGCUGCAGAUCAUAACUUCUUAACACAGUUGCCACCAGAGAUUGGAAACUGGAAACACGUAACUGUUCUGUUUUUACAUUCUAAUAAGUUGGAGUUCCUCCCGGAGGAAAUGGGUGAUAUGCAGAAAUUAAAGGUCAUCAAUCUAAGCGACAAUAGACUGAAGUAUUUGCCCUAUAGCUUUACAAAACUGCAACAGCUGACUGCCAUGUGGCUAUCAGAUAAUCAGUCUAAACCACUCAUUCCCCUUCAAAAAGAAGUUGACCCAGAAACACAGAAAACAGUGCUUACUAAUUACAUGUUCCCACAGCAACCAAGAUCUGAAGAUGUUAUGUUUGUAUCUGAUAAUGAAAGUUUCAAUCCUUCACUGUGGGAGGAGCAGAGGAAACAGCGUGCCCAGGUAGCGUUUGAAUGUGAUGAAGAUAAAGAUGAAAGAGAGGCGCCACCAAGGGAAGGCAAUUUGAAGAGAUAUCCAACACCAUACCCUGAUGAGCUAAAGAAUAUGGUCAAAACCGUUCAAACAAUAGUACAUAGAUUGAAAGAUGAAGAAAACCCAGAAGAUGCUAGUAAAGAAACAAAGCAGGAAAACCAGCAGGUUUCAGUGAAGGAUGCAGGUGUAAAGACUUCAGAAAUUACUCCACCGAACAGCAAAAUGGAAAAUGAGCAGAUGAUGAUUGGAAACUGUGUUGAGAAGUCUAAUGAACCAGAUGUUGAGAACAGUAAUGGUAACUCACAAAUGAAUAUUCAAGUAAAAGCUUUGGAGAACACACAGCCAGUUGCUAAUCAUGAAGAUACUCUUGAGGAGUCAGAAGAACUAUCUUCAGAUGAAGAAAUGAAAAUUGCAGAAAUGAGGCCACCUCUCAUAGAAACCUCAAUUAAUCAACCAAAAGUAGUAGCACUUAGCAGUAGUAAAAAAGAUGACAGUAAAGAUGUAGAUUCCCUGUCAGAUGACCCCACCCACAACAGCAAUCAGAAUAACAGCAAUUGUUCCUCUCCUUCACGAAUGUCCGAUUCGGUUUCUUUAAAUACUGACAGUAGCCGUGAAGCAUCACUUUGUUCUCCAGAAAAAGAAACUAACAUGGAUAUCACUUCCAAAAUCAGGCAAGAAGAUGAAAAUUCUAAUCCUUUACAAAAUGGAAGUGAAGUAGAUGUCAUGACUGAGGAAAAACGGGAAGCCCAAGAUACAGUUAUAAAAUUCACUGAUUUCAGAUUAAACAUUGAAGAGAGGUUAGCUUUGAUAGAGAGAAGUGUUGAGUUAAGCAGCGUUACUGAUGAGUCUCAAAAAUUGCACCAAAUUAACAAGAAUAUCUGCAAAUUGCCUGAGGAGGAAGGAACAAAUAUAGUAGAACGAAUAAAAACACAAGAAAUAUCAGUGAAAGGUAUUUUAAACAAUAGCAUGAAAGAAGAGAUAGAGCACUUAGAGAAUGGAAAUAAAUAUUCUAAUCUGUGCCCUAUGAAUAAUGUUAACGGACAUUCUGAGGAAGUGCCUCAUUGUGGAGGAAAAUCAGAACUAAAGAGAAGUGCUACUAUUGAUACUGAUUCUUCUUCAGAAAUGUGCAUUUCAAAGAGUACUGAAGACUUGUCCCCGCAGAGGAGUGGGCCAGUUGUGAAAUCUCAUAGCAUAACUAACAUGGAGACAGGGGAUCUAAAAAUCUAUGAUAUUAUCAAUGACAAUGGAUCCCAGCAGCCAAAUCCAGUGGCAAAAUCAGCAGCUAUCGCAGAAGGAAAAAAUAUAGUCCGAAGCAAGUCAGCUACUCUUCUCUAUGACCAGGCAUUACAAGUGUUCCCUGGGUGUUCAUCAUCAUCUGAUUUAGCAAAAACGGUGUACAAAUUUGAUUCAAAUCAUAAUUCUGAAGGUACUAAUGUAAUAAGAGGACAAGGUACAAGCAGUUCACAAACAUUCAGUACCCCCCAGUAUAAUAUUCAGUAUAGUACUAGCAUGGCAGCCAAAGAGUCAUUGUGGCCCCAGAAACAAAACUCCCUAGUUGAACAAAGCUGCUUGCCUCCUCAACGCCUGCCAAGGUCAGAUACCACAGAGAGCUGCAAUUCUGUGAAACAUUCUGCCAACAUGAAUUUUUCUAAUCAUAACAACGUGAGAGCUAAUGCUGCAUAUAAUAUGCACCAAAGGAUGGGUGGAAGGCAUAUGGAAAUGUGGGCUGUUCCACCAAAUGACAGACUUAUCUCUGGAGCAACCCGAAACACUCUUCAGAGGCAGAGCAGUGUCUCUUCCACUGCUUCUAUGAAUAUGGGUGAUUCUGCACUUCAACGGCGUCCUCAAGUUCCUGAAGGGGAUUACUUAACAUACAGAGAUUUGCACUCAGUGGCAAGAGGCCCACCACCAAUAAUGGCAGGGCCACAAAGACCUCUUUCUGCAAGAACCUAUAGUGUUGAUGGACCAAAUGUGCCUCGACCUCAGAGUGCUCGCCCUUCAGCAAAUGAAAUACCAGAGAGAACUAUGUCAGUUAGUGACUUCAAUUACUCAAGGACUAGUCCUUCUAAACGAACAAGUCCACGAGUUAACUCUGAACAUUCUCUGCUAGAUCCUCCUGGGAAAAGUAAAGUUCCUCCUGACUGGAGAGAGCAGGUGCUGCGACACAUUGAAGCCAAAAAGUUAGAAAAGAGCAUGCUGUCUAGGUCCUUUAAUUCCAAUUAUGCACCAGUUAGCAGCUUUCACUAUGGCAGCUCUAGGGAUCUGCAUGGCAGCCAGGGCAAUGUUGCCCUGAGUGUUGCAGACGGAAGAAGUUCUGGUUUUCAUAUUAUUCGUCAUCCCCAGACAUCCACUCCAGCAGAACAAUGUCAAGAGGAUGUUUUCAUUUCUGGGCAGCAGAACUACCAGUCUGCCACGCUUAGUCUCAAAGAUGUUGCUCCAGAUGGCAUUAAGAAACUUCCCGUGCAGAUACCUUUGAUGAAUGGGCAAAUGUGCCAGCCCCCAAGACCUCAGGCGAACUAUAGUCAAGUCCAUCAUCCUGCACCCCAGGCAAAUGUUGCAAGACAUCCUUCUAGAGAGCAGCUCAUUGAUUACCUAAUGCUUAAAGUUGCCCAUCAGCCUCCUUAUAGUCAGCCCCAGGGUCCAUCCAGGCAGUGCCACGAGCUGGCAAAGCAGGAGAUUCGAGUGAGAAUUGAAAAAGAUCCAGAGCUUGGGUUUAGUAUAUCAGGAGGAAUUGGUGGCAGAGGAAACCCCUUCAGGCCUGAUGAUGAUGGUAUAUUUGUAACCAGGGUACAGCCGGAAGGACCAGCAUCUAAACUGUUGCAGCCAGGAGAUAAAAUUAUUCAGGCUAAUGGAUAUAGCUUCAUCGACAUUGAUCAUGGGCAAGCAGUGUCUUUACUAAAGACUUUUCAGAGUGCAGUGGAACUCAUCAUUGUUCGAGAGCUUUCCUAAAUACUAUGGAGGAAGGGAUAACAUCUCUGUGAUCCUCGGAAAGACUUGUGGGAUAAUGAAUAUUUUGAUUAUUUUUCUAUACAAAAACUUUUAAAAUUAUGUACAGAAAUAGAAUAAUGAACUUGUGGUUAUAGGGGGAAAACCACUUAAAGAACAUAGAGGAAACAGUUUUGGAAAUGCAAAAGGCAACAGACCUUGUUGAGUUUAAAUCAUUGUAGCAAUCAAAGAUCACUCCUCCAAGAACAAACCUGUGGUGAAUUUUGUACAGAUGGUAGGUUUAUUUUUGGAUAAAUCAUACACAUUACUAAAUAUCUGUACAAGGAGCCUCCAUUGUAUCCCAUGGACAGAUGGUAGGGAUUUCUGUCCUGUUGCUAUUUGUUGCCUUUAUUUUUUGAUCACCUUGUUUUAAUUUCUUUAUUGAAACCACUUCUGUAGAUGUGGAUAAGAGAUCUGAAAUGUUGGUUUUGCUAUGUGCUUAUUGUAUAGAUGAAUGGGUAGAUGGAAGGUGAAGCUGGUUGGAUUAAUUUAAAAGGCCAGAUAAAAUGGCUAAGAAAGUAGGGAAACAAGGAAUGAAAGGAAGGGGUUCAAAUGAGAAUGUAUAUCUACCAGUAGAAAAAUGCAAUAAAAUGUGAAGUCUUUUUACAGGGACUAUAAAUAUACUUCUGGGAGUUCUGCAGGAUUGGCUCAUAUCACAUUCACCCACUGUAUUAUUACCUAUAUGUAAUUCAGUUUUAAGUAUCUGUUUUUAAUCACUAUUUUUUCAUUUGUGCUGUGGAGUGCUAUUGAGAGAAUGCUCUCUGUUAUGAAAAUCCCCAGUUUUGUGUAAAAAGGUAAUUUUCUUCUGCCUUGUGUUAAAUAUUUCAUUUUCAAUUUAUUUAUAGAUUUUUUAAAAAAAACAAACUGAAAUGGCCAGUUUUUGGUUUUUUUUACUGUGUUGCCUGUAUGUAACUCAUCACACACACAUAUAUACCAUGUAUGUGCAUGUUUCAAACUUCUUAAUUGUUCUGCCGGAGAAAGCUUCAUUUUUAAAAUGGGGCUUAUGGCAGAGAGCCCUAUGAGGAGAGGGGGCUGCCCAGGAGUAAAUGGUUCAAGAAGGGUUCUGACAGAAGUCUUGAUUUUAUUUGGCCUUGAAAUGCCUUGUUAGACUAAAAGGAAACAAUAAGUAUGGAGCUAAGUUACCAAAGCCAGGUUGUUGUUUUUUUGUGAAACUGUUGCACAGGAAUUGCUGUUGGAAAGUUAUAGGACAAAGGGAUGGGUACUUGGAGCCCACCAGUUUGUAAUGAUCGUUCUCAAAGGGCUCUUUUUACAGGUAACAUUCAAUGUGAACUAGACACUUCAGAGUCAUUAAAGGGUUUCUAACUAUAUUAAUGUAAUAGUGAUUUACCACAGGCUGCCUUGGUUCCUUAUUACUUUUAUAAAAUAUUGGAUUAUACAGAGUUAAUUUUGUUUAUGAUGAGCGUGUUUAUUUUCUUCUUUUCUCCUUAUGUAACAGAGAAGAAAUUGUCUAACUUGUGGGGUAAUAAGUAAUACAUGGUUAUUAUGGACCAGAGAAAAGUGCCAUAGAAGACCAAUAACUGUUUUUUAAAGGUGAAUGAUUAACCUGUCAUUGGAGCAAUAUUCAAUUACUGCAGUUCUUAAUAAAUAGAAAUUGGUAGUUUUAAAAAGAAACCCAGCAAAAACACCAGCCUACUGUAGAUUUUGGAAAGAAAUGCUGGAAUAGAAAGGAAUUUACAUGCUUAACAGAUAGUCCUUUCUAGAUAUACAAACUCCAGUGAUAUUGCACUUCAAAGAAGUUAUCAACUGCAUAUUGUAAUGUGUAUAGUUUUUAAUAAUUUUAACUGAAACCCUUUAACAACUCUUUGUACAUUAAUUUUAGUUGGUUUUCAUUGAUAUUUACAUAGGAAUUGAUUUUUAUAUUAGCAGAAAUGUGCUGUAUUUUGGUAAAAUUUACUUAUUUUCUGUGUGCUGUUAAUCCCAAGAAACAUAACUAUAUUAUGGCAGGCUUCAGUGUUACCUUGCUUUAAAAGUGUCUUCUUUUUAAUUAUUUUUUAUCAACAGUUUAAAAACCAUACUCAUCACUUCCAGCUGUAUCAGUAAACUCAGCCUUUUAAAGGGAAUACAAAAAGAUUGAUCCUAACCUGAUCUCAGACAUAAAACUAUAAUUAUGUGAAGGAUGAAAAGUCCCAACUCAGAACUGAUUCUUUAUUGAUCAUGGACUUAAAUUUCUCCUUUUGUACAAGAUAUAAGCUAUUCAAAUACUCUGAAAUUCAUAUGAAUAAUAAGCAUUGUCAAUUGUACUACUAGGAGUUUAUUUGGAAUAGUUUUGUAUAACAAGUUGCCAGAAUGAUCAGUAUAUGUAAGGAGAAUACAAAGAAAAUUGGUGCUUCUAGGUUCUUUAAUAUAAGAAGGAAAAUUAGUUUUGGAAUUAAUCAUUGAUAAUAGCUAUCAGUUCUGGGGUAAAAGGACUACUUUUAAAUGCACUACCUUUGUGUUAGGAUGUGGCCAGAAUACUUUAUUGGAGAGAAUCUGUGGAAGAAGAGGCUCAUUUAGAAUGCAGUGGAACUAUUCUGAAACCAUUGAUUUUUAAUAUUUCUCAUCUUGUGAAUACAAUAUAUUUGCAGAAUUGAUGGAUUUGUUAUAGAACAAAUAUACUCUUUGUCAACUGAGUGCUCUUUUCAUUAUGUUCAUUAAAGAAUCAGUUCAAACAAAAAUUCUGGUUAAAACCCCAAAUAUUUAUUGUGUAAAUAAUUUUUUUUACUUUUUUGACUGGAGUUUUAAAAUUGUGUAUAUACUUGAACACAUCCUAGGAACACAAUCAUAGCAAUAAACAACACACAGAAGCAAGACGUUAUCAUUAAUUUACUGUAUACUACUUAUUUUAAAAGCAGUUAUUCCCUUUUCAGCAACAUGUUUUUAUUGAUCAUGAUUUAUUCAGCAUUCCAAAUUUUUGUAUAUAAUUAAAUUGUUUCUGAAGUAACACAUGGAGAAUAGAUAAUAAACUAAUGCUCUUUAAA